AUGAGCUCUCCUGAACCAGAGGAUAAUGAUUUCCAAUUCGUUCACCAGACUGAAUUGAGGUCAUUACAGUAUAUAUCGAGAGAAAAUAACGUUGUUAAUGAUGAAGCUUCAGAAAAUAAUGAGUCUGGAGGACAUUUGGUGGUUCCACAAUCGACCAAUGAAUCCACUCAACUCCAACGAUUUCAAACGAAUAACCCAAGGCCAUUUGGCGAAUCAUCUUCGUCACAAAUUUUCAAACAUCAUCUUAAGAAAUUGCAUGUAGCUGUCAACAAGAUUUUGGAAGUUGACCGAUCAUCCAAACACAAAAGUUUAUCAAAAAAGAACUUUAAAAGCAAUCAGGAAGCUUAUGAUAAAAUGUUGGAUGCUGUUCGAGAGCUCGGAUCUUUUGUUGUCCAACGUCAGAAUGCACCAUCCUCUAGCGGUGAUCAUUCUCGAACUCUAGAGGAAAUGAAAUUUCGUUUUUCUAAAAGAGUACGCUCUAAGAGUACAACCUAUGAUGAUCCAAUCAGUCAUGGAUUAAGUCCAUCUAGCAAAACGAAACAUUUACCUAAGUCAACCAGACGUACAACAUCACUAACUAAACGUUCAAAAUCACCAAAUCAACGUUCAGCAUCUAGUCACCCGGUGUCUAAUAGCAGACAGUCAUAUCAUGCAAAGCAGUUAAAUAAUAUUGAGAAUGUUAAAAUACUUCAUCAUGCAAAGACAACAUACAAAGUUCCAACAAGUCAAACCAUUAAUACGAACACAGAUCCGGUGACUGAAAAUGUUGUAUCUACACAGAAAUGUACAGAUCCAGAGAAUUCACCUGAAAAAUUUUAUACUUAUGAUCCAUUUCGAGGGAAAAAUGAACUACAGAUGUUAAAAUUGAAUGCAUAUCAAUGA